AUGCAGGAUCUCUCCGAAGAUGUCAUACUGAAUGGAAUAGUAUCUGAGAAUACCGCCUUAAUUCUUUUGAAAGGAUUCUCAAAACUGUCCAGCCGUUGGCUAUUCAUGAGUACAGAGCCAGCAAACCUACGGACCAAAUCACCUCUUCUCUUUGGAACAUGUAUUCUUGCUGGGCUUCACAUCACUCCCUCCUUACAUGGCUCUUCAACACACCAGACGCUCUACCGCCAUGUGCAUGGGCUUCUGGGUCAAGCACAAUCUGCAUCGGUGGUAUCACUGGAUACAAUCCAAGCCAUGUUGAUUUUCUCUAUGUGGGAUCUACGACCAACCAGAGAUCAUGACCAUGGUAACUCGUGGCUAUUGAGUGGCACUGCUGCGAUGCAGGUCAUGAUCACCACCUCCUUUGAAUCGCUAUUACAAUCUCCCAGUCAAAGUCAAGAGCAGGCUCGGGCGCGAGAAAUACUGCGUACCUGGAAUCUGAUUUGCCUUUGUCAGUUACAGUUCUCAGUCGGUUCUGGUCGCCCACCUGUCAUUGCCAGCCAGUAUUUCGACGAAUGCGCCAAAAUACUCGAAUUCCCAUCCUAUAAUUCAAGAGAUGAGCUUGUUUUAUCUGGAGUAUAUCUCUACCGAACUUUAUGGAAAUUGAUCAGUUCAAGUUCAAUCCAAAAGGAGGUACCAAUCUGGCAUGAAGUUGAACAACUUCGCAAGUCACAGGAGCAUAUCUAUAACCUUGACUCUUCCGAGCCGUUACGAUUCGCCUAUUCAUGUGCUUACUUGAUUCUCGCACGUCGCACUCUUCAACAUAUCCACGAAUCCCAAACCGAGAGGCCGGGGAGCUCUAAAUCAGCACUCAAGGCAGAAAGUGAUUUGAAUUUCAUCAAAUUCGCUAUCUACCAUGCCGAUCAGAUCUUGUGCCUGUUCCUUUCAAUGUCGGAUCUUACAACUUGCAUCCACCCUGCUUACGAGAAUCUACUUUGCUCAUUCGCGAUGGUUACUCUAGCUGAAUUUGUCAACCAUGUACCGGAUAUUGUUAAUAUUAUAAAUCUGAUGGAGCGGGCUAUCUCCCAUAUUCAACGUGGAGGCAAAGCGGAGCCGGUGAGCAGGUGGUCUUUAAAUGUGAUCAAACAAUAUGUCAAUGGGGGCAGCGAGAUGGAAUCCUUGAUUUCGGAUGGAAGUGAAAAUGCGGAAACAUUCCUCUCGCUCCUUGCAGAUCCUGCACCUAGGUCAUGGAUGGACAGCGAAUGGAACAUUGAGCAGGAAUUUCCAUCUCUUGAGGACAUGUUUUUUGGGAGUGUUGUUUGA